AUGUAUCUCCUCUACUUGCUCAAUGUGGUAGUCCUGCUCUCCUUCAGCAUUGGCGUUUCGUCCUCCCCUGUUGCACAAGGCACAACUUCGAAAUGUAACGCACGAGACAUCGCCAUCGUCAAGCGAACAGCCAAUGAGCCUACAUAUUUCUGUACAUGGUGGAACUCAGACACACGCACUAGGACUCCCUUCAUGGAGUUAACAGUGUCCCAAGUCAACAGUGCAUGCAAAUGCAUCUCGAAGCCCUCAAAAGGCAAGCGAGCAGCAACCGUAGACCAUCCAGUCUUGUCAAAGGGACAAUCUGUUCAAUCUUGCCGCGCCGAAAUGAGCAAGCAGUUCACCGAACCAUGGCAUUUCUGCAACUUCUACACUGCAUACCCAAGAACUACAUCUCCGUUCCGCAAGUAUAGUGCAAAGAGUCUUUUGGCACUCUGUGAUUGUGUCGAAGGCAAGUCCAUUCCUUCGACUACCAAGAAAUCGUCAAGCAAGAAGACCUCUGCGACAAAGACAACUAUCAAGACAAGUUCUACCAAGUCAUCAAGCAGCAAGAAGCCCACUUCGUCAUCAAGCAAAAAGACCAGUUCUUCUAGUAAGAAGUCGUCUCUGUCUUCAUCCUCAAGUAAGAAAUCGGCGUCAUCUUCAAGCCACAAGGCCACUCCCUCGUCAGCCAAAAGCACAAAGACCAGCUCAACCACGAAAGUUGUAUCCACUUCUAAGUCGUCCACGUCAAGCGUCCGCAAGACGACUAGCUCUUCGAGCAUGGUCAGCAGCACCAAGAAGAUUAGCCGCAGCACUAAAGCAAAGACUUCAUCAUCCGCUAGCCGAAGCUCCAGCUCGAAAUCGUCGACGUCCACAUCUACUAAGUCUCUGAGCUCGACCAAAUCCUCGUCGAAAGUUUUGAGCUCAUCUCGGCCUUCCGUACACACAACAACGAGCAGCAAAUCUUCAUCAACACUCCUAAGCUCAAGCAAGUCUUCCACAACAAAGGCAUCAGACUCGAGAGGAUCUUCUUCGAGUAUCACAAGCAAAUCAGCUUCGAGUUCUAGCUCUUCUGUGUCACCAACUUCUUCCAGCACGACCCAGUCUUCUACCUCGACCCCCUCGGCCGUCCCCACAGAGACACCAACGCUCAGGACAGACGGCCAAUUCUACCUCAGAGUCGCGAACUCUGCCGAAACUGUUGAUGGCUUCUAUAUUACAACGGACGACGGUUACAGUCUUGGACAUCUCGAUCCAGUAUUGUUCGAAAUUGAUUCAAGUGGAUACUUGUAUCAAGUCGCAGGCUCCGAUAAAUACUGGAUUGGUACCUCUUUUGACUCGGUUGGGAAAGGCUACAUUAGUAGUUAUGAUGAGCUUGGACAAUACUACACCACCAACCUCAGAUGCGCCUAUGAUGGAGAUUACCUCCUGAGCUGUGCUACUACCUCUGCCAACGGUACAUUUUCCCCUGUCACCUUCUCGUACAUGAACCUUGGGUCGGGAUUCUAUGAGUGGUUCGCCAAUUCCAGACCCAAUGAUCUACCGACUAUGGAUCUCUAUGUCGAACUCGCGGAAGCAUCAACACCAUCUACAACUUCGUCAAGCAGUUCCUUCGCGUCACCUACUCCUUCCAGCACCACCAGCACUCCUUCUACCUCGACUUCGUCGGAGUCCGCCACAAAGACACCUACGGCCAGAACUGACGGCCAAUUUUAUAUAAGGGUCGCUGACGAUGAAGCCCCAUCAAGUGAAUACUACGUGUUCAAGGGAGAAGUUUACACUGUGGGAUCUUCUCGACACACUCUCUUCCAAAUCGAUUCUAAUGGAUAUCUGUAUCAGUCAAAUGUUAACCAAUACACAGAUUCAUACAUAGUGAUCUAUGAUAACGGCGAUAUCUCAAACUAUGGUGCGUUUGGGCAGUACCAUCCCGGCAACCCGAGAUGCAGCUACGAUGAGAACUACCUCUUGAGCUGUGCUACCACUUCCGCCGAUGGAAUCUUGCUCCCGGUUACAUUCUCGUAUGAUGCAAAUCUCGAUUGGAAGGGUUUCUACGCACCUAGUAGUAUUCCGGCUAUGGAUUUCUAUGUCGAACUCGCGGAACCAUCGACGCCAUCUACAACUUCAUCAAGCAGCUCCACAACUUCAUUCACCACUCUGUCAACCGCUGUCAACACCGCUUCUCCGACCACUUAUUACAACACUACAAGUUCUCUCACCAGUACUACGACCACCUCUUCUCCCGCUUUGUGUACCGCUUCCUCUGAAGACUCCGAUUUCGGGGCUUGCUUGAAAUCUUGCUCUGAGAAUCCUCAGUGCGUUGGAACCAGUUUCAACUUCGACAAUGGCACAUGUGACUACUACUACCUUGAUGGAGCUUGUCCUACUGCUAGCCGCACUCCUGGUGUUUCGGCCAGCUCCACCUCCACUGCUAGUGCUACUGGAAGCUCGACUCUCUCUGCUAGUAUCACCAGCAGCGCUGGUAACUCGACUUCUUCUGGUCUGGCUACCGCAUCACCUACCACUGCUCCGACCUGCACCCUCAUUCCUCGCAUUCCCAAUAGCGGCUUUGAGGAUGGCAAGAACCAGACUGCCUGGUCGACUACGGGUGGCUACUUUAGCUCCUGGGCUCCUACUACAACGAAUCCCUAUGACGGCUCUCUCAGCGGCCAAUUCACUUUUGAGCAAACUGAAGACUACUCCAGGGUAUCGGUCUAUCUGGUGAACACCAUGAGUAAUCUCUGUCCAGGAUUCACCUACAGCAUCUCGUACCAUUCUUCCUGCCAUGUCCCGGACACUGAGUACUGCAGUGUUUCAAUAACCACGAGCGAAGCUAUUGAUGAUGAGAAAGAUUCGUUUGUCACGUCAAAUCCAGGCACAGGUUGGCUUGCCGAACACGAUGUUUUCAGCUUCACAGCUGCCAGCAGUACUUCGACACUGUAUGUAUUUGUCGGAACGACGGCUGACAACUCAGGCAUUGGUAACAUCUAUCUGGAUGACUUCAGCAUCGCUCUUUUGGACACACAGAUCAUACCACAGAAGAGGAGCUCGCUCUAA